CAUUCCCAGCACUGUUUGUUGUUGAGAAUUUUAUCACGCAACAGCCAUCUUUCUUCCGCAGUAUAAAACCCAUCCGCAAUGCUGCGGAUCGUAGAAUUAAUUUGUUUCAAAAUAUUAAACAGUCUUUGUGGAAAUGACCUUUAAAGCCUUCCUUCUGAUCGCACUGGUGGCAGCGGUGUCGGGCCGACCCGCUGAAGGCGAACAUAAGGAGCAAAAUGAGAUUGCUGCCGAUGCCGACCAUCCGUGGAUUGGCAAAUGGGAAUCCAUCGAUGGACGCCAGGAAAACUUUGCUAACUUUAUUAACGCCUUAGGUUUUGCCCAUUACACGGCCGAGCACAAAGUCUGGCAUAAACUGUGGAAAGAAGGUGAUCACUAUCAUCAUCGUAUCAAAGUUCCGGAAAAGAACUACAAAUUGGACGUUGAGUUUAAACUGGGCGAGGAGGGCACCGGCAGCUUCAACAACACGAAUUUCAAGUACAAAUAUACCGAAGAGGGCAAAGAUCUCCAUGCGGAAAUUAACUUGCUGACACAUAAUAAGGUCAUCACCGACUUAUACCAUGUGGAGGGCGAUGAGCUGGUCAAGACGUACAAAGUCGGCGAUGUGCAGGCCAAACGGUGGUACAAGCGCAAAAGCCACGACCAGGCUACCACGGCAGCCAGCGCAUAAAUUUGUGGCCUUUGGUACAACAUACUGAACAUAAUUAGAUGGUGUAAUUAUAGUUGCUGUGUUUGUUUCUCUGUACAAUAUUACGUCAAAGCAUUUCACGCAAACAUGCUGCUGAUUCUUUACAACGAUUUGAAUAAUUCACGCAUGUCUUUUUGUCGGUACACGUAAUGAAUACAUGCGCAGCAAUGCUUGUGAGAUUUGAUGCUUUUUGUAAGAUUUGAUGCUUUUUAUAAGACUCUUAAGUUGAAUACAUAUUACAUGCCGG